GUGAGCGCGUCGGGCCGAUGAGGUGAUCCGCGGCCAGCCUGGGAGGAGCGCGUGGACCGGCGGGCGGCGGCGAGCAGUUGGCGAGCGCCUUUACAAUGGCCCUGACCCUGUUUGAUACAGAUGAAUAUAGACCUCCUGUUUGGAAAUCUUACUUAUAUCAGCUGCAACAAGAAGCCCCUCAUCCUCGGAGAAUUACCUGUACUAAUGAGGUAGAAAACAGACCAAAGUAUUACGGAAGAGAGUUUCACGGCAUGAUCUCCCGAGAAGCUGCAGACCAGCUCUUGAGUGUAGCUGAGGGGAGCUACCUCAUUCGGGAGAGCCAGCGUCAGCCAGGAACCUACACUUUGGCUUUAAGAUUUGGAAGUCAAACCAGAAACUUCAGGCUCUACUACGAUGGAAAGCACUUUGUUGGGGAGAAGCGCUUUGAGUCCAUCCACGAUCUGGUGACUGAUGGAUUGAUUACUCUCUAUAUUGAAACCAAGGCAGCAGAAUACAUUGCCAAGAUGACGAUAAACCCAAUUUAUGAGCACAUAGGAUACACAACCUUAAACAGAGAGCCAGCAUACCAAAAACAUAUGCCAGUCCUGAAAGAAACACUUGAUGAGAAAGAUUCUACAGGCCAGGAUGGGGUGUCAGAGAAAAGGUUGACAUCACUUGUUAGAAGAGCAACUCUGAAAGAAAACGAACAAAUUCCAAAAUAUGAAAAGGUCCACAAUUUCAAGGUCCAUACAUUCAGAGGGCCACACUGGUGUGAAUACUGUGCCAACUUCAUGUGGGGGCUCAUUGCUCAGGGAGUGAAAUGUGCAGAUUGCGGUUUGAAUGUUCAUAAGCAGUGUUCCAAGAUGGUCCCAAAUGACUGUAAGCCAGACUUGAAACACGUCAAGAAGGUGUACAGCUGUGACCUGACGACACUCGUGAAAGCCCACAUCACUAAGCGGCCCAUGGUGGUGGACAUGUGCAUCAGGGAGAUUGAGUCUCGAGGUCUUAAUUCUGAAGGACUGUACCGAGUCUCAGGAUUUAGUGACCUAAUUGAAGAUGUCAAGAUGGCUUUUGACAGAGAUGGUGAGAAAGCAGAUAUUUCUGUGAACAUGUAUGAAGAUAUCAACAUUAUCACUGGUGCACUGAAACUGUACUUCAGGGAUUUGCCAAUUCCACUCAUCACAUACGACGCCUACCCUAAGUUUAUAGAGUCCGCCAAAAUUAUGGAUCCUGAUGAGCAAUUAGAAACCCUUCACGAAGCACUGAAACUGCUGCCGCCUGCUCACUGCGAAACCCUCCGGUACCUGAUGGCGCAUCUGAAGAGAGUCACCCUCCACGAAAAGGAGAAUCUGAUGAACGCAGAGAACCUUGGGAUUGUUUUCGGCCCGACACUCAUGAGAUCUCCAGAACUAGACGCCAUGGCUGCCCUGAACGAUAUACGAUACCAGAGACUGGUGGUGGAGCUGCUUAUCAAAAACGAAGACAUUUUAUUUUAA